AACGACACCGGAGCAUUGCUGUAAACAGCUGAGGCGGCCGAGCUACUGCAACUUCUGUUUGAAGAAUACAGUGCCACAUCGGAUACUGAUGUAAACGGAUUAACCUGGUGCAAACUGAAGAAACUGAAUUCAACUUUGAAGAUAUUGAAGGACGGAUGCUUAACAAGAGCACAUAUAAACAAAAGGCUCCAAAAAGUGCAUUUCUACUGAUGUUGGAAAAAACUGCGUCAUCUGAAUGGACUUGAGUGCUACGCUUAAUGGAAAAUACAACUUUGCAUAAGAAUCAUUUUUAAGAGAAAUAACUGAGACUUUUGGAAAACUUCAGACACAUCGCUUAACCAGUUAUUUGGACAUUAUACACUUUUCAUGCACUGCAAAGCUGCUUUAGUUUCCUGGGUUUAGUUGCGAUGAUCCAUAACACGCUGAAGUCGUCUGGGACUCCAGAACACAGUCCAAAAGUGUCGCACUCAGCUGCCCGGAGGAGGCUGUGGAGGUACUCAGGCUGCAGGGGGGCCGGCCCCGCAGAGACCCAGCGGCACAGCGUCUGCGUCCUGUCUGCCGAUCUGAGCGGAGCAGGAGGAGGAAGAGGAGGUGUAGUGCACACGAUCCACGGGCUGUGCCACCUCUGUAUCGGAUGUAGACUGCCUCAGGUGACCAUCCAUCGAGGAAAGGAUGGAUACGGCUUCACCAUCUGCUCAGACUCGCCCGUGAGAGUGCAGGCUGUGGAUCCAGGGGGCCCAGCAGAUCAAGCAGGUCUUCAGCAGCUGGACACUCUCCUGCAGCUCAAUGGUCAGCCAGUGGAGCAGUGGAAAUGUGUAGACUUAGCACAUGCUAUCAGAAACAGUGCUAGUGAAAUCACACUCGUGGUGUGGCGCACAGGUCCUUCAGCAAAGCCUAACUUUGAGGGCCUGAUCCAUCGGCCCACUUAUAAAUCCUCCACUUCAAACUACGACGCACCGUCACCGCCAACUCGCAGACGCGAUGCCAGCGCCAGCAAGACCCCUCCAGCUGUGCCCCCUCUCCCAGCUCAUCACAGAGCCACCGCUGCUCGCAGGCUGCUCAUCAACGGCUCAGACGGGGGGAACAGCGCCGCUUUAGGUAUGGGGACACUGGCCUGGGGGGCUCAGGGAGGCUCAUCUGAGGAACUGGAUGGGAAGCCCCGCCUACUCCAUCACCCCACAGCCACACUGAAGGGGACCAGGGUGAAGGCAUCGAACGGAGACAACUACAUCAUCCUGUCCCCCAUCACCUCUGGAGGCCAGGUGAUGCGACCUGUUUACCAAGAUAACCAGGGUACUUUAGCUGGUAGGUUGUAUCCCACUCGACAGACGCCCGGUCCUGCCUCACAAUCGCAGAGCGGAGGGGGCUUCUCCGGGGGGGGCACAACCAGCGGGGGAGGCUUUACAAGUCGCACCGGCUUCCUUCGGAGAUCCAACAACUCCAAAACUACUAAGACAGCGUCCACGUCCACUAACUCGGCCCACUACCAGCAGCCGAGCGCCAACUUCGCCAAUUACCAGAACUGUACGAUCGUCCGCUCCCACACGCCACACGGCAACUAUGGAUAUGUGAAAGUAGCACCGAAAAUCCUUAUAUUUCCCAUCUUUGUUCAGCCUAUCGAUCUCUGCAGCCGAAAUCUGAUCAUAUCUGAAGAAAUGAUACUGCAUGAAAGCAAGCAUCACGCUCUCAAGGUCACAGUGUUUGUCUACAACGACCUGAUGUUAGUGACUCGAGAAGAUGAGCCCGGCAGGUGCAACGUCCUCCAGAGUCCGCUGUACCUGCGACACCUGCGCUUACAAGACGAUUACGUUGAAGAGCUGAGAUUCUACCUGAUCCACAUGACGGAGAAGUGCGACUGCCUGCUCAGUCUGGAAGCCUAUUCAUCCGACCAGAAGCGCCGCGUGUGUCAGUGCCUGAAGGACAACAUAGACAAGCAGCUACAGCUUUACAGGAGGGAGCCCACUGUUCCACAUUUUGAGCAGAUGUUGGAGCCCAAGGUGGAUGCCCCUUCAUGUGAGCUGGGCAGUGCUGGAGGAGGCGGUGUGUGUUUGCACCUGCCCCCCCGCAGCUCCGAGGGGGAGGAGAGCAGCCUGUACCCCUCCAGCCCGUCAGAGCCCCCCACCCUGGGUAGUCCGCACACGUCUGAGCCCCUCACUCCCCUGGAUGAGGUUUACAUGCCUCUGGGAGGAAGCCUGAUGGGCUCCACGGAACGACACAAGGUCCCGCCUACGCCGCCCCCUUCCACGGAGGGCGAGGACUGCAAGAGCAUGGAGGGGCACGAGAUGGACCUGUGGAGGAUGGGGCGAGACGAGGAGGGGCUGAACAGCAGAGAUGAUGAGUACGAGGAAUGUGUGAGCAGAAAGAGUGCGGAAAGUGAGGAGAAGGAGGGGGUGGUGGAGGAGCCGAACUGUAUGGAGAACCUGGUGGCGCUGAACGCUGACGAGGACAACGCUUCAGAGCCCCCGGACACAAACGCACCUCCGUCAUCCUCAUCCUCCUCCUUCGUCAUCCCAGAGCUGCGCCUGGACCGAUCCUUCAGCGCCGACGCCCUGUCCUCACCCAACACCGACGAGGAGGAGUACGAUGAGGAUGACGAAGAGGACUCUGAGGAGGAGGAGGACGAGGACGAGGACGAAGACGACAGCGACGACGCGUACCUACAGAGAAGCGACAGUAAGAGGCGCAGCAUGGUGGAAGGGGCCACCUGUGAGAAGCACGGAGGGGGAGGGCUGAGCGUCCAGAACUCGCUCCGCCGACGCACGCACAGUGAAGGCAGUCUGCUCCAGGACCCACGCACACCCUGCUUCACGUCGGACAACGCCAUCAACUGUCUGGAGGCCGGAGGUGCACACAAGGGAGGCUGGACGCUCCCCUCGCCCAAAACCCUGAAGAAAGAGCUGACCAAGAACGGGGGGUCCAUGCAUCAGCUCUGCAUGCUCUUCUCUGGGAGGAAGCUGAGCGCCGAAUCCCCCUGUAGCUGCGAAGUGGGCCCAGACGGCAUAAAGAAGAAGAAAUCCAAAAAUCUGGCCAAAGACAUGAAGAACCGGCUGGCGUUCCUGCGGAGGAGGAAUGAAUCCCCAGGAAGCACCCCGGCCGGCAAGCUGGACAAGUGCAUGUCCAAGUCCGUCAAGCCCACCCCGGAGGAAGCGCUCAAAUGGGGGGACUCGCUGGACAAGCUGCUCACGCAUAAAUAUGGUCUGGCAGCGUUCAGAGCCUUCUUGCGAACAGAAUUCAGCGAGGAGAAUCUGGAAUUCUGGCUGGCGUGUGAGGAGUACAAGAAAAUCAAGUCACAGUCCAAGAUGGCCUCAAAAGCCAAGAAGAUCUUUGCAGAGUACAUCGCCAUUCAGUCUUGUAAAGAGGUCAAUCUGGACUCCUACACCCGGGACCACACCAAGGACAACCUGCAGAACGUGACGAGGUCUUGCUUCGACCUGGCACAGCGGCGGAUAUACGGGCUGAUGGAAAAAGACUCUUAUCCCCGCUUCCUGCGCUCAGAACUCUACCUGGACUUAAUCAACCAAAAAAAAUCUAGCGCCACCUCAACUUCGUCCACAUCUUAAGAGACUCGUGAACACGCCAGGAAGAGGAAGCGACGGGCGGACCGAAUGGAAGCAGAAACCCGAAAGCAGACGAGAGAUUAUGUGUUUGCCUUUUUUUUUUUUUUGUCAUUUUCUUGUCCGUUUUUUGGUUAUUUUAUUUUGUAUAGUUGUGACGUGGGGGACACGGCAAAAGCUAUGGCACUGCAAAGGAAUGUAGUUUACAUGUUUACCAGUUGGAACGAAUGAUUGCGUGCAGUGAAUGAGUGAAUGAAUGGUGAAAUCCUACCAAGGCCCAGAUAGAGGGUUGCAGAAAGACUUGUCUGAUCACUGAAAAAUGUGUUAAUAGUGGAGAAACGGAGGGUUUUCCAAAAGCCCUAGAGAUAUUAAGACAGUCCGGUACUGUUUUUAUGUUGCCACUUUUUACUCUCCAUCUGUCUCAUCCCUCUUUUCCUCCAAGACGCCCCGUUUCGAACCAGUUUUUUAGCUUGUCUUUUGGUACGACCAUGUUUAGUUACUUUGCGUUUUCAUGUCGUGACGGGGGGGAAAGCGUCUGACGGCUCGAGUCGGGUGCUUCUUCUACGAGGCUCGCUUCACGCUCAACCUGUGGAAACAUACUGUGAUCAAGGACACGGAGAGAUGUAACGAAGAACGCCAAACUAACGGGGGAUGGACUGGAGCGGUGACAGCGAGCAGAUGAUGCGUCACUAUUUGGUUAGAUGCAGGUGGAAAAAAAAACAAGCAACAAAAUAAAACGACGGUUGAAACUUGAGGAGGAAAUGCAAACACGUCCACCGCAGCCAAACAGCAUUUCCUUUCACAUUGUAGCUCAUUGCGGACUAAACAAGGAAGCAUUCUCAGGACAUCGCUUUUGACGUCAUGAUUUUGGACUUUUGUACACAUCCACUUUUCUAUGCUUUAGCGCUGAAACGUGCACUCCCUCCUUCUCCUGAGCAAUACUCCACGCCCCGUCACGGUCUGCAGCUAAAAAAGAGCUUGUUGUUGUACAAAGAUUUGCAUAUUUAUUUAAAAUACCAUCUCUCUGCUCCUCCAAAGCACUCGGCUAAAAAAAAGGUCUCACUUCCCUCUUAACCACCAAACAGGUCCGAUGCUGUCCUGAACUUUAAGUGCAAUAUUUUUUAUUUUAAUAUUAUUUUUAGUUUGUUCACUUAUUUGACAUUUUUAUGGGAAAAACAGCUUGAGCUCUGUAUUAACUUUGUUUAGGAGAAAGAAUUUAUAACACAAGCUAUAAGGUUGAGUUACAGUGUAAACUUUGAAGAACCUUAAGUAGUUUAAUUAAUUUUAAGCAAGCAAUUCUAACUGUGUGUUUGAACCCCUGGCAGCAGGCCGCUGGGGGAUUAUUGUUGUUGUAAAUAUGAUUCUUUGACAAACUAUGUGAUAAUAACACAUUAAAAACAGACAUAAAGCCAAUAGCUCUCUGCUGGCCAUGAACUGUGGGGCCAGAUGUAUCUAUGUAAAUAUAAGAGACUCAAUAACGCAGAUUGUUGGAAUAAAAGGCAAGAGGUGAAACGGAGCAGGUGUCAGCUGCUCAUUUCCUUGUCAUACACUGCUUGUAAGGAGUCCUUUCUGAAAUGCAUUUGAUCAUUUUCACUGUUUACAAUUCAAAAUGCAUCUCCUAUGAUAGCAACUGAAACGAGUAGAAACAUUUGGUGUCAUUGCUAAUGAGAAAUAAACCAACCAACUGAAGAAGUGAA